AUGCCACUGAAAGACAUCAUACGACAUCAGCAUGGAGAUGAUGCGGUUUGUUCCAUCAACGAGUACAACAAGACAGUCAGUAAGUGUGUUAAAACUAGCAACCAGCUAACUUUCCUUCUCCGUUGCCGAGACAGUAACCUUGUGCCUAAGGGUUUACAAAUCUCAUCCCCUGUUCACCGUUCUCCAGCUGUAGAUAAAAUUCUCCAUAAAGCUAGCCACCUGUUAGUCAAGAAUCAGAUCCAUCAAAUUCGCAGACGCAAGUCAGACCUCGAGGCACAGAGAGAGAGUAUGAUAUCCAAGCUAGAAGAUACCCUCCAACCAGACCUCUAUCACAAGACCAUGUUGUUAUCACAAUCCUCUAGAGACCAGCUCAAUCAGAAAGUAAAGUUAACUCACAUCAAAAAGUUAUCCAAGCUUCAACAACCAGUCCAUAAGCACGCUAAAGCAACGAUUGCUAAGACUGGCAUAAAGACUGUUGUGAAUUUGAGCAGUAACAAUCUGACAGAAGCCCAGACCUCGCUCCUUGCCAAAGGAUUAAAGUAUGUACCUGUGAGUGCUAAGAUAAACAUUGAUGCUUUCAUCACAAGCAUAGAGAGUGGUCUCCAACAACUUGCACCGAAUGGCAACGUGGAUUACCUACGUCACCAGAUUAUAGACACCAUCAAGAAAUCGCCCAGGCCACGCAGCAACCUCUCUGUGCAAGAACGACAAGCAAUUGCUGAACUCAGACAAGAUAAAGCAAUCACCAUCACUGAAGCCGAUAAAGGUAAAGCAGCUGUUAUCAUGGAUACACAAGACUUCGAACAGCUCAUAAACAACAGCCUUUCUGAUAGCUCAACCUAUCUCAUCAUCACAAAAGACCCCACUGCAAAACUUGAGCGUGAGCAUAAGAAGACCCUCAAGGAUCUUCACGAAAACAGAGAGAUAAACGAUAUUGUCUUUAAUAAGCUCAAUCCCAUCAACUCUCAAGCUCCAUAUGGGAGAGCAACCAUAAAAAUACACAAGAACCCACCAAAAGCCAGGGUACUUGUCUGUUCACGAGGAUCUGUCUUUUACAGCACUGCGCAGCACCUCUCACGCAUCCUGGCACCCUUAGGUAAAGAUGGGAAGGCAUUCAUCAGCGAUUCAUCGGCCUUUAUAAGCAAGUUGAAAGAAGAUCAACUUUCCGGUAUCAUGGUCAGCUAUGAUGUAGUUGACCUAUUCACUAACAUCCCUUUGCAAGAAGCCCUGGAAAUUCUCCGGAACAAGCUCCAGACUCGAAUCAAAGAACUUGAUACCAGUCUCACGAUAAAUAGCAUCAUUAACCUCGCUACAACUUGUUUUGAUUUCUCUUAUUUCACAUUUAAUGACAAGAUAUAUAGACAGAUACAUGGCCUGCCUAUGGGCUCACCAUUGUCACCGCUUAUCACUGAAAUAUAUAUGACCUCCUUUGAAGAAUCUGCUCUCUCCACAGCACCCUUUCAACCUUUGUGCUGGUAUCGCAAAGUAGAUGAUACGUUCACUACCAUAGACAAGCAAGAUGACCCAGCACAGCUACUGCAGCACCUCAACAACCAGCAUCCGAGGAUAAAGUUUACAAUGGAGACUGAGCAGAACCGGCAACUUCCUUUCCUAGAUGUUGCCCUCCAAUCUACAGACAAAGGUCUCGUCACUUCUGUGUACAGGAAGCCAACUCACACGGAUCAGUCCGGUCCCAUGUAUCAACGGGAAACAGAAACAUUGAAAAUCAAAUGUCAAAACAACAUUACAUACCUUGAGGCCAAGAAGAUGUUGACAAAUCAGACUUCAACUCCAUCAAACCUGACCUACUCUGCUGCAGUCACUCGCUCUGUAGCAACGUCCUCCAUCACAUGGCAGACCGAUGUGACUUGGAUAGAGGAAUGA